AUGGAAUGGCCAACGAGCUCGAGCCGCGCGUCGCACGUCCUGCCUGCCGCGGCCAGCGAGAGCGAGGAGGAGCGCUGGCUGCGGGUUGCGUACCUGGUGGCCGAGUGCCGCUCGCUCUGCCGGCCACGGUCCCGGCCCGCCUCGGCAGGCGACACCACCGCCACCGACGCCGCGCGAAUCCUCGCCGGUGCGUCUGCCGUGCUUGUCCUGGUCGGCGCGGACGCGUCAGAGUCGUCCGGCUUCCCAUGCUUUCCGAGCCCCGCUGGCGCGCGGCCGGUGGACGGCUCGCCCAACCUCUUUGAGCGCGUCGCGGCGCGGCACGGCCUCGCGACGCCGGAGAGGCUCUUCGAGAUGAGCAGCUUUGUCAUCAAUUAA